AUGUCAGCUCCUAGUCAAGUGACUGUUACCUACGAGGAUCCAUACGGUCUUGCAGAGCGUUUCUUGCCGCUCCUCAAAAGUAGACUGCCGUUGCAGCAGCUUCACUGGAAGAGUCUGCUCUCACAGCAAGGGACUGUCAAAACAAUUGCUCAGCUAGACUGCCUUUUGGUCCCUCAUAAGAACCUGCCAGAGCAGCAACACCAGUACGCCAGCGUGCUUGACCGACCCUAUCUAAACUUGUUUCUUGUUCAGUGCGACGAUGCAGAAGCUUAUAAGACUGUGGUCAGGCAACAGGUCCGCACUUGGUUCAGUGCCGUUGCAAGCAAGAAGGACCAGGAAUGGAUGAUCAUACAUUGCAUCAGUGCCAGCGAGGCGAAUGUCAAGUCUGGCCCAAAGAUACUCGGCCUUCGAAACUCAGUCCUGGACCGCAUCCGCUCUGACUUUAACAGCAAUACGAGCAAGCGCGAUCAGUGCUGCCGCAUCAACUUUGCUGCCGACAAGAAGGACUUUGAACAAGAGUUGGACGACUUCGUCCUGGAGAUGAAGUCUUGUCUCAUGAGUAGCCUAGACAAACGCGUUCAAGACCAUCAAGACCAAAUCAGCAGGAUGGAAGCUCAGCGUACUUUGCCCGGCUGGAACUACUGCACCUACUUUAUCCUCAAAGAAGGGCUUGCUGAUACCUUGGAGAAUGUGUCGCUGUAUUCAGACAGCCUUGCCAUCUUGGACGAGCUCGAAGUAGCAUUCAAAGAGCUGCAGGAAUCGAGUCAAUUAGAACAUUUUGAGGCCGGUUCGCCAACUGUUCAAGAUGCAGAUUCGGCACUACCUGAUCUCAGCGCCAAAGAAUACCGGCAGAUGAUUAUGCAAAACAAAAUUACAGUGUUUGACUUUUCCACUUACCUCUUCAGCAGGCAAGUGGUGGCCUUGCGGCAUUCGAUUCAAGCGCACGACCUACUCACAAGAAGUCUCAGGUUUGUGACGUCCAUGUCGAGGCUAUUCACACCCGAGCAUGCCUCCUCGCCGUGGCUCGCGGAAACCUGGGUCCUCACAACCAUCUCGUCAGUACUGUCACAAGUCGAAGCCAUGUCCCAUGACGAGAGCCUAGCUUCACCUCGCGCUGAUCUGCGAGCACUGUAUCGCGACACGCUCUGCUCUCUUCGCGAUCGUGUCUUACAGGAUGAGGGUCUCGCUACGCAAAUUCCAGUGUCCCUAAGACAGACUUUGAUCCUGCAAGCGGACGACUACAGGCAAUACUUGACGGACUUGACACAAUCUAUCAUCGAUGACCUCCAACUAAGUGGUCGACACAAUUCUGCAGCCGUCUGGGUGGCUCAAUUGGCGCGUCUUCAUGCAGCAAACAAAGAAUGGCCGCAAGUUGUCGCCCUCCUAUCGUCGAUUCCCGAGUCCUUGUCGGUUUUGAGCGCAAUCUGUGAUCUCUAUUUAACAGCAUUACGGGAGACUGGCGACACGACAACAUACCUCAUUACAAUCCUCGAGCAUGCAAAGCAACUCAAAAGCUCAAGCUCAAGUCUCUCAAGCGAUCACAUACAAGAGAUCGCUACACUCGCUGCUCUUGACACAACCGAGAAUGUGGUUUGGCCGACAGACGAUUUCCUGUCAGUGACGCUGAGCAAGUAUCCUCGAACAUCUUUGACGAGUGUUGAAGCAGACUUGACGAUCGAUUGGACUCUCUCUAUCCCCUUUGGCAUCUGGGAUAUUUGUGCAACAUUGAAGCGUGACUCUGGAGAGUUGAUGCAUCUGCUUGCGAACCAAGUUUGUCUGGUACCGGGAAGACAGGUCCUGACUGUGAGCACCAACGACAUACGGGCAGGGAACUAUGCACUUGAAUCUAUCACCUUCAGCAUGGGUCGGCUAUCGUUGUUGCAGGCCGACGAAGGCGAUAACAUACCUUUCCUGAUUCCGAUUUUCAGCCAUCCAGGGCUCGACAUGUCAUUGCACAGACCACGCCUAAUUCACGUGAGGCAUUCUGACCCUGCUGUUGUCAUCAGAAUUAGAUGCUCCUCUACACUGCAAGUCUGCACGUUACAAUGCAUUCGUUCUCUACAAAACGAGAUUGAUUGGUCAAAGGCUGUCGCUACAGAAAUUGAGUCUGGAACUCCGUUUGCCGUUUCCGUGCAGGACGACAAGAUGACAUUCGCAGCGCUACCAGCUUCCUCAACGAUCGAAUGCCUGAUACCCUUCACAGGUCCAAAGUCACAAUCGACACGUCUUGCCGUCAAACUCGACUACCUCAUUGAUGGUCAGCGGUCAAGUUGGCAGACGGAUCUCUCGACUAGCACGGCUCUUCCAUUAGCAGUCGACGUGCAAGACUACUUUCGGGCUGGGCAGCUCGUGUCCAACUUCAAGGUUGGUGCCAAUACAGAUGCAUCGUUCUUGCUGUCUGAGUCUAGCUAUACAGGUCAACAAUCCGGAGAGAUGGCUGAGUCGCCGAAAUAUAAAAACAUUUUUGUCGGGCCCCAGCAAGCAACUCAGCUGGUCUUCAAGAUUCCUGCAAAUCCUUCGAGCAAGAUGUUUGACCUUGACUUGUGUUAUCGCUCAUUAGAAGAAGAACUCCUCACAGCUUCGCGGAGCGUACUCCUUGAUCUUGGCAAUGAGGUCGAUGCGCCUGGGGAGGUGCUUGGCUCACUCUGGUCAAUUUUGCAGGAACACUUGCCCAGGCAAUGCGAUAUGAGUAGCAGUGUUGCUCGUGGAGUUUUUGACUUGCGUCCAUUGGAUGAGUCGAGCAUUCACGAGGAGCUCGUGAAGGUUCACCCGAGCCACAGAUCUACGGCGCUCAAGCUCUUGCUGGCAGUCUUUUCGCACACAUACAAUGUCGCAAAGGAAGGCAAUCCUGCUACGCUGAGAAUCUCUGUUGACUAUCCGCUGCCAGCUGUUGUGCACACGAUUGCCAUGACGCCAGAAAGCACCACAGCGGUGCUAAAUCGCUAUCUGUCAGCCGAGCUGUCCAUCGUUGCAUCGACUGCAUGGGCAGCUGAACAGCGCGUCUCCAAUUACUGGUUCGAGGUCGAAGUGGAUGAGUCUCAGUGGGUCUAUGCGGGUCAGCGACGAGGCAUGCUGGUCUUGCAGGAUGGACAAUUUGAGGCGACCAUCGGCUUGAUUCCCUUGACGAUGGGCUUUCUGACGCUGCCACGCGUCGAAGUAUUUUCCCUGGAGCCAGACGCAGUCAAUGAGAUGCAUCAAAAGUCAGGGCAGAUCCAGGUGGUGAGUGACAGAGAGGCCCAUGAGCAGACUGUGCAGCUGGGCCUGAUGCGGACUGUGGUUGCCGUGUAG